AUGAGGCCUUACCGCCUUAUUUUUGGCAAGACAUGUCAUUUGCCGGUGGAGAUUGAGCACCGAGCCUAUUGGGCUAUCAAGGCAACUAACUGUGACAUUGAGACCGCGGGGAAGUAUCGAGCCUUGCAAAUGGAAGAACUCGAUGAGCUGCGCAAUGAGGCGUAUGAGAACGCACGAAUCUACAAAGAUAAGGUGAAGCGGUUGCACGAUAGCCGUAUUGAGCCCAAGAAUGUCCAACCCGGAAUGAAGGUUCUUUUGUUCAACUCAAGAUUGAAACUCUUUUCGGGCAAGCUCAAGUCUCGUUGGGGUGGUCCUUUCAUCCUUAGGGAGAUCCUCCCUCAUGGCGCCGUGGUUUUAAGCAAGGAGAACGCCGAUGAGCAAUUCACGGUGAAUGGGCAUAGGGUGAAGCCCUACUUGGAGCAUGGUUCUUCUCCUUUUGUGGUGGAGUUCCAAGCACUCCAUGAUCCAAUUUCUUAA